UGUUUCAGGUGAAACUGGUUGUGUGGAAGAUGUGAAUGGAAUGAAGUUUAACAGCACAAUGUUGCAUGUGGUGGCGCUGGCCAAGUGUAAGAAAGAGUACUGGCUUGUUUACAUCCUGUGUGCCGGCUACCUUAUCAUGGGGAACUUACUACUCUUUAAUCUUCUUAUUGCCAUCUUCAACCAUAUCUUCACCAAGGUUGAGGAGAAAUCUAACGAGAUUUGGAAGUUCCAGAUGUACUUCCUCACCAUGGAGUUUGACAACAAGACGGCCUUGGUCCCUCCCCUCAGCAUUAUCCCUCACGUGUAUCUCUGUUUUAGAAAGAAAUUCAGUGGUAAGAGAACACUAGCAGAUUAUAUGGAAGG